AUGACCGCUUUCAAAAGACUGGUUAGGUUUGUGUCGGGAUCACAGGUUCAUUAUGGUGACCUGCUUAGGGUCGCCGACAAUCGAUACACGGUUCGGAGACUCGAGGGUACGCCUUUCACUAGCCUCAAGACGACAGACGAUACUCUGCAAGUCGAUUCGCUUGAAUGCCCAAUCGAAAGCACUCCAAUCGUGCUUUGCGUUGGGCUGAAUUAUCACCAGCACGCAAAGGAGGAAAAUCUUCCGGUUCCAACAUACCCUGUCAUCUUCACCAAGCCUGCUGACGCGCUUGCCGGCCCCUUUGAAGCGAUCGACAUCCACCCUGACGCACGCAAGCUUCUCGACUUUGAAGGCGAAUUGACUGUGAUCAUCUCUCGGAACGCAAAGGACGUUCCUGAAGAAGAGGCCUUGGAAUAUGUCCUUGGAUACACUGCCGGUAAUGAUCUUUCUGCGCGUAACUUCCAGCUUCCAGAGGCAUCGGGUGGCCAAUUCUGCUAUGCCAAAUCCUUCGACAAGUUCGCACCCAUUGGCCACACCAUCGUGUCGGCCCAUGAUAUUCCGGAUCCCCAGACUCUAAAACUGACUACCAAGGUGAACGGGGUCGUGAAGCAAGAAACGAGCACCGACGACAUGAUCUGGACUGUGCGCCAGAUCAUCGCUCAUUUGUCCCGGGGAACGACGCUGCGCCAGGGAACUCUCAUCAUGACGGGGACGCCGUCGGGGGUAGGAUAUUUCCGAAAGGAGUUUCUGCAGGACGGAGAUACUGUCGAGGUGGAGAUCGAGGGGGUUGCGGUGACCAACAACCGCAUUCGCCAUUCCUGA